AUGGAGCAAGACACCACCAACAUCUCCCUCAUCGACAACACCCUCCCCCCAGAAUUCCAACAACAGGACCCCGACCUUUUCCGUCGAACGUCCACAACCCUCUCUAGGAGUUCUUCUGCCCGACGAUGGUCCAGGCCCUCGGUCAGGGGUGAACUCCAGAAACGGAAAUAUGCAAAGUGGCAGCCGCAUAAGUUGGGGCUCACGGAUGAUGCUCCUGGAGGUAAUGAUAAUAAUGGAAAUGGGAAUGGAAGUGGGCAAGAUUCGCGGCGGAUGUCUUUAGCGGAUGCGCGACGGUGCUCUACGACAGAUGGGUUGAGUACAGGGGAGAGCGGGCCGUCGAGGAAUGCGAGCGUCGAUGCGACGGAUUUUGGCAGUGAUGGGAUCGAUAAUAUUAUCACCAACGGGACGAACGGCAACAGUAGUACCAACGGCAGUGGCAAUGCCCACGGACAGCAACCCAGCAUCAAACCCACCAGCGAACUAGACAUCCUCUACGAAAACCAGCGCGGCUGGUUCCUCUUCGGAAUUCCUCUCUACUCACACAGCUCACUCCUCAACUUCGAUCCCAGCGCAUGGGUGACCCGCGACCUAAAAGAUAGCCCUGUCAACAUCACCAAUGCACAACUCCCCGACCCCAGCUGGGAAUGGGCCUGGCAGACCUGGUACGUCGAUAUGUCGAGCGACGUCGACGAGCAAGGGUGGCAGUACUCGUUUUCCUUCUCCUCCUCUGCAUGGCACGGCUCACAUCCGUGGUUUCACUCGUUCGUCCGUCGACGACGAUGGGUCAGAUUACGGGUGAAGCGCGCUUCGAUGGAGAGGUAUCGUGGUCGGACUGGGUUUGAAGAGGCGCAUAUGCUUACGGCGGAUUACUUCACUAUUCACUCUGGGAGGAAGAAGAGGGUUUCUAGUGUUGCAGAUAUGUCACGUGUGCCGUCGACGUAUGUUUCGGGGCAGGGGCCGAAGGAUGAAGUGCCGCCGUUGGAUGAGAUUGGGAAUAUACCGACUUUGAUGUAUGCGCUGAAAAGUGCUAUCGUGGACCGGGAGAAGAUCGAUGCAUUGAAGCGGUUUAUCGAUGAGGGAGGCGAUGAAAUCUACUAUCUAGACGAAAAGAUCCCCGAAAUAAUGUCCAUCUUCGUCUUCCAAACCUCCCGCUGGCAAUUCCUCACCCACCUUCUAACCACCAUAACCACCCUCUCCCAAAUCAUCCCCCAAAAAACCGGCAAAGAAGCCAUCGAACUGCAACGCAAACAAGAAAACCUCGCCAAAGCCGCCGAGGCCAUCCGCAACAACAUCACCGGCCCCGAACUCGUCGCGGACCACCACCACAUGCUCGAUUUGACACCGAUAUCGAAGUCAAAGGAGGGGAGUCUGCUGUCGAAGAGGAGUAGUGUUAAGGUGAAGGAUUUGGAAAAUGUGAGGCCGGUGGGUAAUGGGGGGGUUAUCAAGGGGAUUCCGAAGGAGGCAGAGGUUGGGAGAGAGGGGCAUAUUUAUCAGUAUACGUCUUAG